GGGGGGAAGUCAAGGAGUCGUGAGCUGUGGUUAUGGGAGCCAAGGGAACUGACUUCGGGGCCGCAUUAUUUGCAUUCCUUCAUCUGCAUUCUCUUCUUUCAUGUCGUUGACGUCUUAUUCACUGGGCGAUCGGUUGCAUCGUCGUCGUCAUCAUCAUCUUACUCCUGGCCAUGUUCUCGUGCAGCAAGAGCAGUCGUUUCAGCAAUCAAAGCAACAUCUCCCGCCCCCUCUUCCGUCCUGGUCCAUAGUGUUCCUCUCCAAUUCAAAUCUCAAGAGGAAUCGAUUUCGCCCCUUUAGUGGCCGCCCGAAUUAUCAUCACAUCGCUCUUGAGCCAUGUCUCUCUCUCUCUCUCUCUCUCUCUCCCCCUACGCUUUUGAGUUAGCCAACUGCUUGAAAAGUGCACAUCCUUGUCCACCAUUGGCAUUCUCCACAUGCACAAGAAGGGCCUCGAAUCAAAUGCAAGUCGCUGAAACUAACCAGAUCGACAGCGUCGAGCGAGCAGAGCAUGCACGCAUGUCCGGAUUUGCAGGUGUGGCUUUUAUCAUCCACCCCCUCGUCGUCGUCGUCGUCGUCGUCGUCCUCUUCCUCGUUCCCUCCCCUCGCCCUCCGUGGGGCCAAUGCAUGGGCCACUGUGGGCGACAAAGACGAGCUCGGGUACGAAGGCGUCAGCAUAUUUCGCCGUAGUAUCUAAGCACUCGCUAAGAUACACAUCUUAGUGUGCUUGGAUCUCAUGGAGCACUUCAGGCUCAAGGAAUGGACCGGACGGGUAAUGGAUGAUUGAUCGCACGAGCAGCUCACUUCUACGAAGGCAUCGGACUCCGUUUCGUUGUAUCCGUGAUUCAUGCUCUCUCCUCUUCAUGACGAAGGGUUUGAAUUGGGCUUGGCAUGGACACGAUGAAUCUUCGUGCAGCAGUGGAGAUUCUUGCUUGCAUGUGGUGGAUUCCUCUUCAACACUCUCAGUCACUGCUGCUGCAGGGUGCACGGGGGAGGGCAAUCGAGUCUUCUUCGAGAAAAGAGAAAGAUGGUGGGCGACGAUGCAAUUGGAACACUCAAAUGGAAGAAAAGAGUGUGAGCACAAUGGACGAAGUUUGCAAAGACUAGAACCAUGGGGACACAUUCCUUCUUAAGACAAGCUAGAUCACGAUUACCAACCUUCGGACUUUUGGACGUAAGGAAGCUGAUGAACUGGAGGCAGCUGUAACACCCAUGACGAGAAGAAGUACUGCACCAAAGGUGAGGAACCAGAACUUCGUGAUCUACGAGCUGGGCGCUCAAGAACCACCCGUGCUGCCGUGGAACGGGGUGUCGUCGUCGUCGUCGAGGCCAGUAGCAUGUGGCCAAUAGAAAGGUACGAAGAAACACCAGGUAAAGUUAAGGCCAUAGAGCUCGU